GGGCCAUUUAAGAGGAAACUUUGUCGGGUUUUCCGUCACAUCAAAGCUGGCUACUACACAGACGCAAUGGGAAUUUCACAUGAGUUGAUUGCAGUGCGGCUGGGCAACCCGGAAUUCAAGACUCUCAUAUCAGCAUGCCUCAUCUUCACACUUGCCUACGGGGCUUCGAAGGUUCUCACGGCAUUAUGGCAUGGCUUUACAGGCCCCUUGGCCAAGAUACCCGGACCCUGGCUCAAUAGGUUCACGGCUUUGCCCUGGAUGGCGGCAGUCGUUAGAGGCAAGGCAUUUGAGCAGGGAAUCAACUACAACCGCAAAUACGGCGACAUCGUCCGAGUUGCUCCUGAUCUGGUUCUCGUGUCCGACGAAAAGUCCGUCCACCAGAUUCUAGUGGGCAUGGAUCUCCGAAAGAGCGUUCUAUACGAAAAGUUUAGCCAAAACGAAGACGGCGUGACGCUUUUCACCAUGCGAGAUCGGGCGCAGUACCGCACCCGGCGAAGGCUCUUCUCGCACGGCUUCUCCAUCAGUUACCUCAAGGGCCUCGAGCCACUGAAGCUGAGUUGCAUCGAAGCGCUUGAAGAGUUCAUCGACAACCAGUGCGCUCGGGAUGGAGGUGAGACCGUCAUUGAUGCUUGGAACCUGAUGGGUCGCCUCGCAUCCGACAUCAUGAGCGCGACUGCGUUCGGUGGCUCGUUUGAAUUGGUGAAGAAUGGGGAGCAUCCUAUUCGCAAGAAGUUCUCUGAGAGCUUCAAGAGGGGUACCAUUUAUCAACUUCUCCCUUUCUUGAAGUAUAUCCCCUUCCUACCAAAGUUUCGCGAUCCCGAGCUCGCUCAACUCAUCAGCGAGAUUAUCGAAAAGAGACAGGCGUCGACCGACAAGUUGGCCAAACCUGACCUGCUACAGCUUCUCCUCGACACACAUGAGAAGAACCCAGAGACCCUGUCGCGUAUCGAGGUGUUUUCCGAGAUGCUUGUCUUUUGGCUGGCGGGCAGCGAGACGACGGCUAGCACGCUCACUUUUGCAAUGAUGUUUUUGCUUAACGACCCACCAUCCUACCAAAAACUUAUCGACGAGAUUCGCGGGAGGUUUCCCUUGACAGAUUCGCCUGUUUCGGACGACAAGACGACGGAUUUGCCGUUCUUACACGCUGUUCUGAAGGAAACGAUGAGGCUUGCUCCUCCGGCGACCGGCGGGCUUCAGAGGCAGACUGACGAAGAUGUGAUUCUGUCUGAUCACCUGAUACCAGCUGGUACUAGAGUGACUGCAAACACCACUGUCCUGCAUUGGGACGAGAAGCAGUGGCCUGACGCAGAGAAGUUCGUCCCCGAAAGAUGGCUGUCUGACUAUAAGGGCGUGCCCGCCACCGAGAGAACGGCGUACUACCCCUUUUCUGCGGGAUCGAGAAACUGUAUUGGAAAACAAUUUGCAUGGACGGAGCUGCGGCUCACGCUUGUGUCUUUACUUCGGCGGUAUGACUUGUCUCUCAUACCCGACCAGUCUCAUGAACUUGUUCACUUCACGGUCCUACAUCUGAAGGCGGGGAAGUAUAUGGUUGGCAUCAGACCCAGAGCUUAG